AGGAACAGGAUCCGGUUUAUGUGCCCGAAAAAGUACCCUCACCCUCUUUUUGUAGAGCAGGAUUUCUGAUACUGAUCGUGAUGGGAUUUCGUUUACAACGAAUUGCAGGUGUCGCUUCACUUCUGGACAAUACCAGCAUGAAUAACUAGAACUACAAUCACUGACGUUUAUUCACAGUAUUUGCUCGGGAUCCACAGCGUCACCACUUUCGGUAAUUUUGUGCUGAGUGUCGGUUCGAUCUUCCCCGUCUUUCAACAUUCAAGAUGACAGGUAUCAAGGCCGUUGUGCCGGACGCAGUUCCGGAGAUGCCCCAGUGGAAGACCACUGGGGAGCACAUGUCCAUUGCUGGCACCCUAACCCUGGAUACGUCCAAGAAGUGCUUUUCCGUACCUGGCGUGACGGACACGCCCACGUCGAGCACGACAAGUACCGCGACACCAGGAACGGCGGAGCUUUCGAUCAACGACGUGUUUUUUGUCAAAGAAGGCAGUUUUGAGGACCACCGGGGCGACUACGUGAACGUGCCCGUGCCGUUUCCCGUGCUGGAAGGCGGGGUGGCUGCUUCGAAGAAGAACGUCGCCCGGGGGUUCCACUGUUCGCCCUUCCCGAAGGUGGUGGGGUGUCUAACCGGAAAAAUGUAUGACGUGUUACUGGAUCUACGGACGGCGAGCACGACGUUCGGAAAAAUCUUCACCUGCACGUUGCUGCCGAAAAAGGGUAUAAUCUAUAAUUUCAGCUGUGAUGGUCAUGGUGAGGAUAAGCAUAAGAAGAGCUCGGCUUCACCGCCUGUGGUGCUCGGAUCUGUUCCUGCCUCUUUUGUAGCCAUGAUGUACGUAGUCAGUGAUCAUCAGCAUGUCAUUUCUGUCAACAUUCUCGCUGCCGUUGCUAUUCUUGAUUACGAGGAACGAGUAUAGUAAAAGCAGAAGCACACGGAAAAAAAAAUCGACAUCAAAACAGGCUACCUCUACGUGCCGGCCGGGGUGGCGCACGGGUACGUGGCCCUGGAGGAUGACACGUUGACGCAGUACUACAAGGGGGAUUUUUUUGAUCCCGCGAAAGAGAUCAACGUGAACAUGGAAAGCACCGAAUUCACCAUUUUUGGCACCGCCUCCUUCCCGCUUAAGGCUGAAGACUUGAUCUUCUCCGAGAAGGACAAGGCGCUGCCGAAGUUCGAGGACGUUUACGCGGCCUGUCUGGUCCCGAAAGAGGAGCAAAAACCGAAGAAGGUCUGGUACGCGCUAUUACAGUGAAAAAUGCCCCCACCCCCAAAGUUGCAAAAAUGUGUGAUGCGAAGUUUCCAAAUGAAAACCUUUUGCCAUGCAUGAAAGGAGUAUGAAUCUUUCUGAUGCAGAGUCUAGGCGUGUAUCGCAUCGCUUGCAUGACAAGCGGUAAGCUUGGUGGAGUCUUCUGCAAUACAAAUUUUUGCUGUUUACGAUUGGAAACCUGUGAUGCUGAUAGAUGCAAGAGGGCGAAUGUUUCAUUUGGAAAGGUUUGCAACACAAAUGCUCCCAAGUAAUUCGGGGUCGGGGGCAUUUUUCAUUGUAAUACGCGCCCCACAAGUUCGAGUCGUACGGGGACGAAGAGUAUGAAAUGCAAAAGUGUCUGGGUCUGGAAACUUGUAAUGCAAGUCAGCCAAUAACAAAUGCAGUGUAAUGCGCCGCCAAGCAUGACAAGUUGCUUCGUGGUUCUGUGCUGCGUAUUCCGCAUGAGAAACUGCGUUUUUGCAUCACAGGCGAGAGAGGCUGUUUGUGGCCACGCAAUACAGAUUUAAGGGCCAUGCCAGAUCAGCAUGACAAAUCUCGCAAUCUUCCAGACCCAGACACUUUUGCAGUUGAUAAAGAGAUGAUGGCGGUCUCGCGGUGUCUGCGCGCAGGCUGGCUCGCGCCGGGCCCUAUGGAUUGCAAAAAUGUCUGGGUCUGGAAGAUUGCCAGGUUUGUCAUGCAGGUUUUCCAUAACACAUGAGGUCUGGCAUGUAGGACAUAGCAUGACAGAUUCUGCGAAACCUUUCCAAUGCCUAUCCUGCAUGAGAAACUGCCUCUCGAUUAGCUCAAAAGUGCACAAUUUUUGGCAAUCAUGCAACACAGUUUUUUGCCUGAUUCAGAUUUAGCAUUACAAGUUGCAUUCUUCCAGACCCAGACAUUUUUACAGUUGAUAGGCCCGCUGACCUCCCUGUUCCAGCAGAAGGUGUCCAAGUACUUCGGGAAGAAGUACGGCCUGUACGUAUCCUGAGUAAAAACGUACCCACACCAGAGUUGUAAUGCAGAUUUGCAAAGACAGGAAGACUUGUAUUGCGCAUCUCCAUGAGAGCCAUUUCCAAUCGUGUUGUGGAAUUUGUGAUGCUGUGAACAGGAUGAGCAGAUGAAUCUGUGAUGCGGCUGCACUUGUUAACCUGCACUACAUUGCAUAGUGCAACUUGUCAUGCGUGACUCACAAAGCUCCUAGGUUUGUGUUGCAAAAUCCCCAUCCUGGCUCUGGUGUGGGUACGUUUUUACUCAGGAUAGUACGUGAAUUCCGGGUCCUCGGCGAACCUGAUCGGCAUGGCCAUGUGCGAUAUGCCGGCCGGCAGCGAGAUCAUCACGCCCGCCUGCACCUUCAGCACGGUGUUGGCGCCCAUUGUGCAGCUGGGGUUCAAACCCGUGUUUGUCGACGUGGAGCUGAACAGCUACGUGCCCACGCUGGAAGCGAUCAAGAACGCCAUCACGGAGAAGACCAAAAUGCUGAUGAUCCCGAAUUUGGUGGGGUCGAAGAUCGACUGGAAGGAGAUGCGGCGGAUCGUGGAGGAGGACCUGAAACGGGACGACAUCAUUCUCUUCGAGGACUCCCUAUCAAAUGUAAAAAUGUCUGGGUCUGGAAGAAUGCAAGUUUGUCAUGCUUGUCUGCCAUGACUCUUAAAUCUGUCAUGCACAUUACCAAAGAGCCCCACUUUUCUGUCAUGGAGAAACGUAGUUUGUCUUUGUCAUGCAGAAUAGGCAACACCUAGAAGCUCAGAAACUUGUCAUGCUGAGCCAGCAAUUGUCGCCUCCUCAUGAUACGCCACACAGCAUCACAAGUUUCCAGACCCAGACGUUUUUCGGUUUGAUACUCCUGCGACUGCAUGACGUACACGGAGGAGUCCGACAUCUCCGCGAUCUCCUUCUACGCCUCCCACAUCAUGACGGGCGGUGGCAUGGGCGGCAUGAUCAUGAUGAACACGGAGAAGCUGCUGAACAAAGCCUUUCAGUACCGGGACUGGGGCCGCAUCGGCAACAACGACGAGGACAUGGCCGAGCGGUUCAAGCAAUCCGUCGACGGCAUCGAGUACGAUGGGAAAUUUUUGUACAGCGUGGUGGGCUACAACUUCAAAGCGUGCGAGAUGUCGGCGGCCUUCGCGUUGGCCCAGAUGGAGAAACUGAACCGGUUCACGGAAAUGCGGAAGCAGAACGUGCUAUUCUGAGUAAAAACGUCCCCACACCAGAGUCAACAUGGGAAGUCUGCUAGACAAAUCAACCAGCUUUGGUUGUUUGGCAUGACAAGUCUGUCCGCGUAGUGUAAUCCUGUUUAGCUAGUUCAGAAGCAUCACAGAUCUAGCAUAGCAUGCGGAUUCUAGCAUCACAAAUCCCGAAACACGAGCUGAAAGCUCUUCGCAUAGGGCUGCGCAUGAGAAACUUUUUUAGCGUGCAGAAUUGCAUGACAGCUAUGGGGUGGGGACGUUUUUACUCAGGAUGCGUGCGCAUGUUCUACGAACGGCUGGAAGAGUACCACAGGCAAUCCGGCAACAAAUCCCGGUACGUCCUCCCGCGGCCCGACUACGAUUCCUUGGACUGGCUGGCCUUCCCGCUGCAGCACCCGAACCGAACAAAGUUGAUCCGCUAUCUGGAGUCCAACCAGGUCCAGAUCCGGGUGAUCUUCAGCGGGAACGUGACUCGACACCCCGCGUACCGACAGUAUUUAGAUACUUAUCCCAACAGCGACAAGAUCAUGGAGCAAGGUUUUCUGCUGGGCGCGCACCACGGCCUCGCGGAAACAGAUAUCCAGCGGGUCCUCGACUUGCUCAUCAAAUUCGACCAGGAGGAAGUUUGAAUUUUUUAUUACGCAGAAUUAGUCCCUGAGAAGUCGAGCAAAUACAAUUGAAUUGUUCUUCCCAAAUGAUGUAAACAAAAACUGGAUGAUGUUGAGUUGCACUUAGGUAACUAGGUCUCUGGCUCGCCGACAAUGUACAUCGGUUUGAGUAGGGAUGAAAGCUCAUACAAUUCAAGCCUUUUUUGUCCCCACACUUGCAUGUUUAAGUAAUGCCCUCUUUUAUUUUAUCGUUUGACGACCGGGUCGUAGCUGCUUCACAGCAUAGGAGAAAACUACAACUCCACUUUUCGUCUAGGAACUACUUUUACGAUUAGAUAGAAAUCGAUGCCUCCUUUCGAGUGAGCAACCCGAAUCGAAUGCCUCAGCUGAAGCAGCUCCGAGCAAAGCAAUCACGAAAAACAAAAAUGCCUCGACUCUGGUGCGUGUGGGGCGUUCCGUUG